AUGGACGAAGUUGAGAUCAGAAGUGUGCUGUAUCGUGAGAGAUGGGCACGAGAUACCUGUCAAUGGAGCAAGAUGAGAGCUUGUUAUCACCCCGAUGCGAGUAAGACCCUGGUUGCGGUCUCUUGGUACACGGGUAACGUCGAUGGAUUCGUGGCUGCGUCUGAGAAGCUCGCGAAUCCAGGCAUUUCAACAAUCCACGUCAUCACACCCGCGGACAUCGAUAUUCGCCGGGGAGAAUAUGCUGUCGCAGAAUCCAUUGCGCAAUUCAGCUGUCGCUUUCCGCACGACGGCCACGAGUAUGACUUGGUGGCGUACUCGAAAUUACUGUCGAGAAUGCAAAAAGUUGACGGGCACUGGUACAUGCUAAGCACGCAACCCAUCUACAUCCGGGAUGCUAUAUACCCAGUGGGGAAUAGUCCAGUGCCCGACUUUUCAGACAUUGAAGCCGCUGGUUGGAACAGAAAAAGCUACCAAUUCAUCUAUUGGCAUGUGAGUCGGCGGGGGCUAACCAUGAAGGAUGACUUGCCCGGCGAAGAUGAUCCCAAGAGCGUCGAAAAGGUGUAUCAAGAGGCUCGCAUCUGGCUCGAGUCUGUAUGA